AAUGUCGCGAUACGUGCAAUGCGCCGGUACGUAGACGCGGAAGACGACGACUGGAUUAUCGCCGGCCACGACCAUGAGGAGGAAGAACGACAGGUAGUGCGUAAUCGGAGCGCGCGAUUUUACGCCUACGACUCGAGUCACCGUGAGCCGAGUUUUGGCUAAGGCAGGUGGGCGUGUCGCGGCGAGACAGAAGAGAUGAUCAUAAGGGGAUCGAUGAUCCUGACCCUGCUCCUGGGACUACUGUUGGUGGUGGACCAAAAUGGCGGCCAGGUCGUCGGCCAGGACGCGGCGACGGGUGCGGUGGCGGCGACGGCGACGGUGGCAGUGGCCGCGUCCAACAACUAUUUUAUUUCGCGCAACCUACCUCAAAGGGUCACGCGGUUAGUGCCACGAAGGUCACCGAUGUUGCCGCAGGAUGGUCUGGCGAUGCAGAGCAGAGCGGUCGACACGCGAGUCCAGCUGGAGAUCAGGGAGGGCGAGCCCAAGGGCACCCUGGUCGGCAUGAUACCGGUGAAGCCUGACUUCACGUACAGAUUCAAUGAGCCGCCCCAGGAGUUCGUGCUCGACCCGGAGAAUGGCAAAAUAAGAACGGCUAAAGUUCUCGAUCGUGAAGCUCUCGUCAGCGAUCGGUUCGAUCUGGUCGUGCUCUCGAGUCAACCGACCUAUCCGAUCGAGGUGCGAAUCCUGGUGCUCGAUAUUAACGACAACAAUCCAGAAUUUCCGGAGCCCAGCAUCGCGAUUAGCUUCUCAGAAUCAGCCGUGGCGGGUACCAAGCUGCUGUUGGAUGCGGCGACCGACCGGGAUACACCGGAAAACGGCGUGCUGGACGAUUAUUUUAUCGUCGACGGCAAUACGGAUGGCAAGUUCCGUCUGGAAGUCACUGGCAAUCCAACAGGUGAGACGUCGUACCUCCACCUCGAGACUACCGGCAAGCUCGAUCGCGAACAGGUGGAAUUCUAUUCGCUCAAUGUGUGUGCCCGCGAUCGCGGCCGACCGCCGCGACUGGGUUAUCUGCUGGUGAACGUUACGGUGCUAGACGUGAACGACAAUCCGCCCGUGUUCCAACAGAGCGAUUACGUGGUGACGUUGAACGAGAGCGCGCCAGUCGGCACCAAUGUGUUGACGGUGAACGCCACCGAUAAGGAUACGGAAGACAAUGCCAAGCUGACGUAUUAUCUGCCGGAUACCGAGCGCAAGUUCACAAUCGAUCCAGAGACCGGCGCGAUCACGACAGCCGAGCCUUUGAAUUGCCCCCAACAACGUUGCACGGUGGACCAACCGAGCGGCGGUUGCCCCAAGAGCUGCGUCAUCACGGUCUUCGCUCGCGAUCACGGUUCGCCCAGACAGGACGGUCGUACUUACGUGACGGUGAAUGUAUUGGACGCGAACGAUCACGAUCCCGUCAUUAAAUUCAGCUACUUUCCACCGAGUUCGCGCUUCGCUACCGUCGACGAAAACGCCGUUAAGGACGCGAUCGUCGCGGCGGUAUCGGUGCUCGAUGACGACGAGGGUCUGAACGGCAAGACCAGCGUGGAGAUACGUGCCGGCAAUGAGUUGGGCCACUUUCGGCUGCAGAGAAUGGAUAGCUUCGACAUCGUGCGGGUCGCCGGUCGAUUGGACCGCGAGGAAAUACCUAAAUAUAAUCUUACACUGGUCGCCACCGACGAUGGUACGCCGCCUAGAUCGGGCACAGCCUAUCUCGUGAUCCGUGUGAAUGACAUCAACGAUCACGAGCCGGUAUUUCAGCAAAGCGAGUACUCGGCGGUGCUGUCGGAACUCGCACCGAUCGGCAGCUUCGUCGCUAGCAUCUCGGCCACGGACGCGGAUUCCGGGCUGAACGCGCGGAUUUACUACGAGUUCGGUGAGGGUAAUGAGCAGGAUUGGUUCGCCAUCGACACCGACACCGGCCUGGUUACCACCGUGGCUACUCUGGACCGCGAGGUACAAGGUAGCAUCGUGUUACACGUAUCGGCGCGAGACGGCGGUCCAAAUACUAAGUACGCGUCCACGCAGCUCAAGGUAACGAUUCUCGAUGAAAACGAUGAGGCGCCACGCUUCACCGAGAACGUCGUCGAGGUCACGCUAUCGGAGAACACGCCGCCCUGUAGUCAGGUAGCCAGGCUAUCGGCUGUCGAUAGCGAUCAGGGUACCAACGGUAGCGUCACGUAUAGCUUUCACUCCAGCGUCUUGCGUGAUUAUCCAAAGACCUUCGCUCUGGACGCCCUGAGCGGUCAGCUGAUGACCAUGGUCGCCCUGGACCGGGAAACCAUAGCGGCAUAUCGCAUUCUAGUGAUAGCGAAGGAUCAAGGCACGCCGGUGCAGUCUUCGACCGCCACCGUGGUGCUAACGUUGGAGGACAUUAACGAUAACUCACCGAUCUUCUAUCCUUGGAGAUAUUUGAUGCCCAUCUCUGAAGAUGCUCCGCCAGGUACGACGAUAGGUAAGGUGACGGCGACCGACGCCGAUGCUCGGGAGAAUGCUCAGGUGAGGUACACUUUGGAAUCCGGCGGCGAGGGCCUCUUCAUGGUGGAGGAAAGGACAGGCGAGAUUGUCCUGCAAGGUUCUCUACGGGCUAUGCACGAGACUCUGUAUGAAUUGACCAUCUCAGCGAAGGACACUGGCGAUCGGGUGGCAGCUAAGAACGCCGUGGUAGAAAUCAUACGCGAGGAGGAUCUGGAGCAUCUCGAGUUCGACACUUACAACGGCUAUGAGUUUCGCGUUUUCGAGGAUCGUGGCGAUUGCGAUUCCGUCUCGCCUAGUAGUCGGGAGGUCGGCACGGUACAUGUUACGCAGUACGGCAACACGGAUAAAGUGAGCUAUGCCAUAGUGUUCGGUGAUCCCAAGGGCAACUUCAGAAUCGAUGAGAAUACCGGCGUCAUCAGCACCGCCGGCUGUCUGGACCGCGAACGUGUCGCCUAUUACAGCCUGCAACUGUCGGCGCACGCAAAUUUCGCGUACGGCCAGACAACCGUCAACAUUACCGUGCAGGACGUCAACGAUAACCCGCCAAGGUUUCCCAGAGGUGAACGGGGCGACGAGAUCCUCUUGCGAGAGAACGCGGCGGUGGGGCAGGAGGUGUGUCUGGCCCGAGCCAGGGAUCGUGACACCGGCGCCAAUGCCAGAAUUGUUUAUUCCUUGACGCAUAAUCCGGGCGGGCAGUUCAGGGUCGCCGAAAACUCGGGCAUCAUCUACCUGGACAAGCCGAUUCGUGCGCCGCCCGGUACGGUUCUCCAUCUAGAAGUGACGGCGACCGAUUCCGGCAAGCAACCGCUGUCCGCCCAGCACCAAAUCCGCGUGACGAUCGAAGAUGUCAACGAUCACACGCCGGUUUUUCGACUGGCCAGCUACGAGACUUCGCUGCCGGAAUCCACUCCGGUCAACGAACGCUUCUUCUCGCUAACAGCUCAAGACGCGGACCUCGACGCCAACGGCAGGAUAUUGUACAGCGUUACCGACGGCAAUGCGGAGGGUCGCUUCGGCAUCUUUCCGGAUGGCCAGCUGUAUGUGAAGAACGCGCUCGAUCGCGAGGAACGGGACUAUUACGCGCUCGAAGUCACCGCGUCCGACCAGGGCAGCCCAUCGCGGAGCUCCGUGGUCCCGGUGGUGGUGCACGUGAUCGAUGAGAACGACAACGCGCCCGAGUUCACCAACAGCAGUUUCAGCUUUCAUCUACGUGAGAACGAGCCGCCCGACACCUUCGUCGGCAAGCUACUGGCUACUGAUCGCGACGUCGGCCGCAACGCCGACCUCAUGUUCUCGCUGCCGGCCAGCCAGCAGGAUUUCGUGGUCGACCCGAGGAAUGGUUUCGUCAGAUCGCUGCGCGUGUUCGACCGCGAACUUCUGGUGACCAAUACCGGCGACAGCUAUAUCAAUCUGGAAGCUACCGUCACCGACAAUGGCGUUAACCGCCUUCGCGACCGCGUCAAGGUCACCAUCUACAUCACCGAUGUUAACGACAAUGUGCCGCAGUUUCAGCGUCUGCCCUAUCGGGUACAGGUGAGCGAGGGUGCCGUGAUCGGCACGCAGCUGCUGAGAGUGUACACGACCGAUGCGGACGAGGGCUUGAACGGCGACGUGUUCUAUUCGCUGGAGGACGGUAAUCAGCAUGGUCAUUUCGUGAUAGACGAGGCCACCGGGCAGAUCUCGCUGAUGAAGGAGCUCGAUCGCGAAACGUCCGACACCUACGUGCUGACCGUCGUGGCGCACGAUGCCGGUCUGGAGACGCGACUGUCGUCUAGCACGACCGUCCACAUCGAGGUGCUCGAUGAGAACGAUAACACGCCGCGCUUCACCGACAACAAGUCGAUGAUCUCCGUGCUGGAGACCACGCCAAUCAACACCGAGCUCUUGCGUUUCAAGGCCACCGACAACGAUCUGGGGACCAACAGCGAGCUGGCAUUCUCUAUAUCGGCCGGUAAUAAAAGGGACACGUUCUAUAUCGAUCCGCUGACUGGAAUUCUGUACCUGAGGAAGCCGCUCGAUUACGAAGAGCUGGCACAGUACAGUCUCAACGUCACGUGCAGCGACGGAGGUCAUCCGCGGCUCAGCUCCAUCACCAGGCUGACCGUCGACGUGAUCGAUACCAACGACAACCCGCCAGUGUUUCCGAAUACAGCGAUAGUACGUCAGAUACGCGAGGGUAUCCCCGUGCGAACGCCGAUCGUCACCAUUACCGCCGAGGAUCCGGACUCGGAACAGAACGGCGUGGUCAGGUACUCGAUCCUCAGCCAGGACCCGGAGGAUGAGGUGCGGCGCUUCGGUAUCAACUCGGUGAGCGGAGUGAUCCAUACGCUGCUCCCGAUCGAUCGCGAGGAGGUGGACACUUUCAAGCUGACGGUGAUCGCCACUGAUCAAGCGUAUCCGCCAAGUGCACGGCUGUCCGCCGAGAAACUGGUGAUCGUGAUUGUCGAAGAUGCCAAUGACAACGCGCCGAUCUUCGUCAGCAUGUCGGCGGUGGUGUUGCCGCCUAUGCGCGCCGGCAACUUCAACUACCAUGAAUCUUUGACCGAGGAUGUCGUGGUCACGCAGCUGGUCGCUCGCGAUCUCGAUUCUAGCACCAACGGCAUAGUGACGUACGAGCUACUCCGUUCCAACUACUCGGAUAUGUUCCAGAUCCAUCAGAGCAGCGGUCAGCUCUCCAUGAUACCUUCGCAAUUCACCUCGAACAGUAGCCUCUUUGCACGAAGCUACUCCAAAUAUCAGGUGGGCGUCCGAGCGACGGACGAGGCGGUCCAGGCGGAGCGUCGCUCGUCCGAGACUUAUGUGACCUUGAUCGUACCGGGCGAGGGCGGUGACGAUCAGCCGAUUUGGGAGCACCGUGGUCAGAUUGAGGGCAACGUUUACGAGAACGAGCCGAUCGGCACCAGUGUUUUGCGAGUGAGCGCGCGUAGCCGUCGAUCCAACGUCGAGCUCGAGUAUUACGUGACGAACGUGACCGCCGGCGACCGGCCCCAGGUCGAUCGGCUAUUCGACAUCGACGCGAAGACCGGUGUGCUGUCCACCGCGGCCCAGCUCGAUCGCGAGACCGGCGUCCAGUGGUACGAGGUGGAGAUAUAUGCCAUCGGCAUCGGCGGCACCAGGCCCAGUACGACGUCCACCAAGGUACGCGUGACGGUGUUGGACAAGAACGACGUGGCGCCGACGUGGGACCCGGGCCAGUGGAACUUCGAAAUCUCCGAGGAGGCGCUGCCCAGCACUGUCAUCACGGUACUCAAGGCCCACGACCCGGACACCAUCGGUACUCUGACUUAUACCCUGGUGCCGAAUCAUCAUCGUCCCGGCGAUCGCGCCGAGUCCGCGGACAAUGAUGGGACGCAGGGCCAAUUUAAGCUGCAUCCGACCACCGGCCAGCUGAGCCUCGCCGAGGCCCUCGACAGGGAGACGAAGGAGAGAUACGUGCUCAAGGUGCGCGCCGACGACGGCCUGCAGCACCGGGACAUCGUGCUUCAUAUACAGGUCACCGACACCAACGACAACGCGCCGACCUUCCAGAGCACGGCCUACUCGUUCGACGUGCCGGAGAACGUGCCGAGGGGCAGCCGCGUCGGCGAGGUCGUCGCGACGGACGCCGACGCCGAGGGACCCAACAGCCACCUGAGCUACGUGCUCAUCUCCGACUGGGCGAACGACGUGUUCUCGCUGAAUCCGAGCACCGGCGUGUUCACGCUUACCGCGAGCCUCGACUACGAGCAGGUGCAGCACUACAUCCUCGUCGUGCAAGCGACGGAUGGCGGUAUGCCGGUGCUGUCGUCCACCGUGACGGUGUACUGCAACGUGGUCGACCUGAAUGACAACGCGCCGAUCUUCGAGACCGGGCCGCACGCGGCCGACAUCGUGGAGAACGCGACCAUCGGCACGCCCGUGCUCACCGUGACCGCCCAGGACCUGGACUCCGGCGACAACGGCAGGGUCGUUUACGCCGUCGUCGGGGGCGACGAGGGCGGCGACUUCGGGGUGGCCCACAACGGCACCCUCUUCACGCGUCGGCCGCUCGACCGCGAGCGGAAGCCGAUCUACAAUCUGAUGCUGAGCGCCACUGACAAUAUCUGUACAUUUGAAUUUGAUGACGUUCGGUAAAAAUCUCUGGUAUUUAAAUUACAAUUAUUCAUUGAACUGCAGUCACGUGGACAAUUAUCCCUCUUUUCUUGAAUUUUGCAACAACGUACCUUGUCGACCUCGCAGGUGACAGUGGUGCUGCUGGACGUGAAUGACAUGUCGCCGGAAUUCAUAUCGCCCACAAAGAUAUCGAUAAUCGAGAACGCGCCGAGUAACUCGGUGGUGAUGGCAAUAAAAGCCAUCGACCGGGACGAGGGUCGGAACGGUUACGUCGAGUACUCGCUGAGGGAUGACGCUAAUUUACCGUUCACCCUUGGCCCGGUGGACGGGCUGCUGCGUGUCUCCGGGCCGCUGGACCGCGAGCAAAGAUCCAACUACACCCUGGAAGUCACCGCCAAAGAUCGCGGCGAACCGCCCAGAUCGUCGACGACCAUCGUCUCCGUUACGGUGCUGGAUGAAAACGACAACUCGCCGGUGUUCGAACCCAGGCAGUACUUCGCCACCAUCGCCGAGAACGCCAGCAUCGGCGCCAGUGUGCUGCAGGUUUCGGCGAUGGAUCGCGACGAGGGUGCGAACGGCAGGGUGCGAUACAGCAUUUCGAUGGGGGACGACAAUCGGGACUUCACGAUCUCGGAGGAUGGCGGCGUGAUCCGGGUGGCGAAGAAUCUGAACUUCGAGCGCGAGUCCCGGUACGACCUGACAAUCCGCAGCGAGGAUUGCGCGGCGGAAGUCGGGAAGGAGCCGCGCGAUGACACGGCUCAGGUCACCAUCACCGUGCUCGACAUCAACGACAACGCGCCGAUCUUCCUCGAUUCGCCGUAUCUGGCGCACGUUAUGGAGAACAUGGUGCCUCCAAGUGGCGGUUUCGUGAUACAGGUUAAAGCGUACGACGCGGACACUCCACCGUACAACGACCAGGUGAGGUACUUCCUCAAGGAGGGCGACACGGACCUGUUCCGCAUAAACGCGAGCACCGGCGAUAUAUCGCUCCUCCGUCCGUUGGAUAGGGAGUUGGUGCCCGAAUACACGCUCACUCUAGUGGCUAUGGAUACUGGCUCGCCGCCUCUCACCGGAUCGGGCAUCGUCAGGAUCGUCGUCCUCGACGUGAACGAUCACAGCCCCGAGUUCGCGCGGCAGGACUACAAGGCCACCGUGGUGGAGAACGCGCCCGCCGGGACUUGGAUCACCAAGCCGCACGCCACGGACAAGGACGACGGAUUCAACGCGAAAAUAAGUUACAAUCUACUUGGGGACAAAGUGGAGCGGUUUUCCGCUGACCCCGACACGGGCGAGGUGUUCACCACAAUGCCGUUGGACCGCGAGCAGACUGCCGUGUAUUACCUGACCCUGGUGGCCAGGGACUCGAGCCCGACGGAGCCGCGUGCCUCCGCCGUCAAUCUGACGAUUUACGUGACGGACAUGAACGACAACGCGCCCCGCUUCUCCAGUCCCCGAUACACAGCCUACGUUCCAAGCGCGACCGAGCCAGGCGACUUCGUCUUCGGCGCGAAAGCCAGCGACGACGACGACGGCGAGAACUCGCGGAUCGUCUACCGGCUGCACGGCAAGGACGCCGAUCGAUUCACCAUUGAUCUUAACAACGGCGUGAUCCGCGCUACCCAGGAACUGAUCGGCGACCAGACCACCUAUCAGUUGCAGGUACAGGCGUCGGACUGCGGUGUCGAGCCCCAGUACGUUACCGCCGACCUGGUGAUCCACUUGUGGGAACGGCAGCUGUUCCCCAGCUUUCAAUCGAACGUCAACACGAUGUUCGUGCUGUCCGAGGACGUGUCUGAGGGUAGGAUGAUCACCAAGCUGAGUGCCACCACACCGAAAACCGGACCGGCGAGCAACUUGAUCUACGGCAUGGCUGGCGGAAACGUUGGGGAUGCCUUGAGGAUCGAGUCUCACACUGGAGAGGUCGUGGUUGCCUCUGGCUUUGAUUAUGAGACGGCUCCGCACUACGAGGCCUGGAUUGAAGUUUGCGAUUCGGACACGCCUGCGCUGCGCAGCGUUCUCCAACUCCUGGUGAACGUCACGGAUGCCAACGAUAACGCACCGGUUAUGGAAGCGGCAAUUUACAACGCGACCGUGAUGGAGGAGGAGUAUCCGCCAUUGUUUGUCGGCAAGGUAUCUGCGAAAGAUCGCGAUUCCGGCGAGAACGGCCAGAUCACUUAUCAUCUAAUCGACGACUUCUCCGAGUCCUUCAUCAUUGACAGCAACACUGGGCAGAUCGAGAGCAAUGCCAAGUUGGACCGUGAAGAGAUUGCGUCUUACGAGCUGAUCGUGGAAGCCAGAGAUCAAGGUCAUCCCCGACUAACCGGUACCGCGACGGUGCUGGUUACCGUUCUGGACAAGAACGACAAUCCGCCGCACUUCACGCGACUGUUUAGCGUCAACGUAACGGAGAACGUGGAAAUUGGCACGUUCGUUAUACGCAUAACCAGCAGCGACUUGGACAUCGGCCAGAAUGCGAACGUCAGUUACAGCUUCACCGACAAUCCAGGAAAGAAGUUUGCCAUCGACGCUCUAAGCGGAAACGUGACCGUGGCCGGGCAGCUCGACAGAGAGGAGCAGGACGAGUAUCUACUGAAGGUCGUGGUAGCAGACCGCGCAUGGCAAGCAGAGACUCCCCUGACGAUUACCAUUCAGGACCAAAACGACAACGCGCCCGAGUUCGACGAAGACAGCUACCAUUUCCAUUUCCCCGAGCUCCAGCCGCGGGUGGCACACGUCGGCACAGUCCUGGCUACCGAUCGCGACAAGCAGGGACCGAACUCCGUUAUAUCUUACAGCCUGCUGCAACCGUCCGAUCUCUUCACCGUCGAUCCGGCGACCGGCGACGUCUUCAGCAAGCGUAUCCUACGUUACAAGCACACGCAUCGGCCGUCCUCACCGGAGAAUCUGUACUCGCUGACGGUGGUCGCCACCGAUAACGGCAAGCCGCCGAUGUCCUCGAGGGCAGUGGUACACGUGAGCGUGGUGGACGCCAACAACAACGCGCCUCGCUUCGAGCAGAGGUCUUAUCUGUCGCCGGUGCCAGUGAAUUAUGGGGUGGGCAAGCGUAUUAUUCAGCUGAUCGCCCGCGACGACGCCGACUUCGGCGUGAACGCGGAGGUCACUUAUUCGAUGCAGAGAAUGAACGACACGAUCGAGCUGUUUGCCAUUGAGGAGCGAUCUGGCUGGGUUUACGUGCGUAGGAAUCUCAACGGCUUUCCCGUUGGCACCGUGUUGCUGCUGAGAGUGCACGCCACCGACAAGGGCGUGCCGCGGCAGCAGGACGAGGUCCUGCUGACUCUCGUCAUCUCCGGCGAGAACAAACACGCGCCCACCUUCGCUGCCGUCAGCUACCAGGUCAGAGUACCGGAAAACGAGCCGGCCAACACCACGAUUCUGACGGUGAGCGCCGAGGACGGCGACAGCGGGCCUAACGGCAUGAUCCGCUACAGGAUCUCGGCCGGCAACGAGAAGAAGAAAUUCUUCGUUCACGCCAUCACCGGCGCGGUCACCAUACUCGAGCCCCUCGACUACGACUUGGUGCAGGGAUACCGGCUCAACAUCACCGCCACGGACCUGGGAUUCGAGCCGAAGCAAGUGGUAGCCACCUUAACGGUCAAUGUCUCCGACAUCAAUGACAAUUCUCCGAUCUUCAAUCAGAGUGUCUACGAAGCGUUCUUGCCGGAAAAUUCGCCACCUAAAAGUUUCGUUUACAAGGUGGUCGCCCGGGACAUCGACUCGCCCAAGUAUGCUGUGGUGCGGUACGAGAUCCUGGGCGGCACUGGCAAAGGCCAUUUCAGCAUCCACGGGGAUACCGGCGAGAUCGCGUCGGACGCCAGCUUCGAUUACGAAGAAGCGAACGAGUACAGUCUCGAUAUCGUCGCGUCCAAUCCGGACUCAACCCCGCAGAUGGUCGGCUUCACAACCGUGGCGGUGCGCAUCACCGGCGUGAACGAGUACUAUCCACACUUCAUCCAACCCAUGUUUCACAUGGACGUGUCGGAGAGCGCCGAGGUGGGCACGUCGGUCGGCGUGGUCCAGGCGACCGACCAGGACUCGGGCGAGGACGGCCGUGUGUACUAUCUCUUCGUGGGCUCGUCCAACGAUCGCGGCUUCUCGAUCGGCUCGGAUACCGGCAUCAUUCGAGUGUCGCGUCGGCUCGACCGCGAGACGCAGAAUCGCGUGGUGCUGACGGUGAUGGCGAAGAACGGCGGUGGUAUACGCGGCAACGACACCGACGAGGCGCAGGUGAUCAUCUCCAUCCAGGACGGCAACGACCCGCCCGAGUUUCUGCAGAGUACCUACAACGCCAACGUGUCGGAGGGUGCCACCCACGGCACCCGCGUGCUCACGGUCCGCGCGAUUGACAAGGACAUCAAGCCGCAGAACAAUCAGUUCUCGUAUUCUAUUAUCAGCGGUAAUCUCGGCCAGGCCUUCAAGGUCGAUCCGCAGACCGGCGACGUCGAGACAGCGAAGCAAUUGGAUCGCGAGACCAUACCCGCGUACGAUCUGACGAUCGGCGCGAUCGACACCGGCUCGCCGCCGCAAACCGGCACCGCGAUGGUGCACAUCGAGCUGAUGGACGUGAACGACAACGGUCCGGUCUUCGAUCCACCGGAGGUAGUCGGCUACGUCAGCGAGAACGAACCGGCGGGUACCAACAUCAUGACUUUGAGCGCGACCGAUCCCGAUCUGCCGCCCAAUGGCGCACCGUUCACCUACAGGUUGAUCGGGGGAAGGCAGAGCGACAUGGUGAUCUUGGACAAGCAUUCGGGUAUACUGAGAACCACCAGGAGCCUCGAUAGAGAAACGAUGCCGCAGCUGGAUCUUAUGAUUGAAGUGGAGGAUUCGGGCGUACCCCGAAUGAAGAGCGAGCACACGAUCGUCGUAGUCGUCACCGAUCAGAACGACAGUCCAUCCACACCGAGGUCGGUUCACGUGAUCGUGUACUCGUUUAACGGCGUGACACCGCUGGGAAAGAUCGCCGACGUGCAUCCGAACGAUCCGGAUAUCACCGGGUUUUUCUCGUGCAAGAUUCUCCAAGGCUCGAAUUCAAAUGUGCUCACCAUCCCCACUGCCUGCGACCUGCACACCAACAAGAUUUCAUCAGGCACGUUUCCAGUCGGCUAUUCUUUGAGUGUCUCCGGUAACGAUGGACGACACCCGGAUGUGGUCUCCAAGGUCACCGUCGAGUUCCUGAUCUUCUCGAACGCCACGAUCGAGAACAGCGUGACUCUGCAAAUUAACAAAAUGUCCGCUAAUGAUUUCCUCAGCCAAUACUACCGGGCUCUCUUGGAUCUUCUGCAGGGGAAGAUCGACGUUGGCGACACGCUCACCAUUUUCAGCAUCGGUGAAAACGGACCGGACCUGAACGUUCACUUGGCGGUAGAAUCCCCGCAAGAUACGUACCGGACGAGGUACGAGGUGAUCGACCUGCUGAUGCGCAAUCGAGACGAAAUCCAGAAGCUGCUCGAAGGUAACUCGUUCAUCAUCGGCUAUUCCCCGUGCAAACAUAUGCCGUGCGAAAACGGGGGCAGCUGCAGCGACCGAUUGGCUAUAUACGACGACGCCAGGAUCACCGACAGCCAGGCGCUGAUCCUGACGUCGCCCAGGAUGCUACACGAGAUGGCCUGUAAGUGUCGGGAUGGCUUCACCGGUGACAGAUGCGAGAGAAGGCAGGAUCCGUGUUCUCCGAAUCCCUGUUUGUUGGGAGGACAGUGUCGACGUUUGGGAUACGAUUUCCAGUGCACUUGCCCUAUCGACCGCGACGGCAAGCUGUGCGAGCUUGAGAGAGGCGAUGCGUGUGCCAGCAAUCCGUGUCGGAACGGGGGAUCGUGCAGGAAGAGCCCGGACAGCUUCAGCUUCUUCUGCCUCUGCAGAGCGGGCUACAGAGGAAAUCACUGUGAAGCAGUCACCGAUUCCUGUCGACCGAAUCCUUGCUUGUACGGUGGCUUAUGCGUGGGAGAAAAACCUGGAUAUCGAUGUAGCUGUCCCGAGGGUCGUUACGGCCGGCAUUGCGAGCGUUCGACUUUCGGUUUCGACGAGCUGUCGUACAUGGCAUUCCCAGCGCUGGACACCAACACGAACGACAUCACCAUCGUGUUCGCCACCACGAAACCAGACGCGUUGCUGCUGUACAACUACGCGUCGCAGUCGGGCGGCCGCUCGGACUUUGUCGUGUUGGAGCUGAUAGACGGCCGAGUGGUCUUCUCGUACGGCGGUGCCAGAAGCGCGAUCGGUACCGUUACCAUCAAGACGAAGCGGCCGGUGUCGGACGGCGAAUGGCACAAGGUCACCGCCACCAGGAACGGUAAAGUUCUCUCGCUCGGCGUGUCCACCUGCAGGGAACACGGCGACGUCUGCGACGAUUGUAGACCCGGCGAUCGUACCUGUUACGCGAACGGCGUGGGCCCGACUGGGGCUCUGAACUUUAACAAUAAUCCUCUCCUACUGGGUGGCUUGGAGAACGCCGAUCCCGUGCUGGAACGUCCGGGCCAAGUGCACUCUGACGAUUUCGUGGGCUGCGUCCACUCGGUGUCGAUAAACGGGAGGGCCUUGAAUCUGACGAAUCCGCUCGCGUCGCGCGGCGUGAAGACGACGUGCGCCAGAUCGCAGCGGAAUCCUUGCCUGAGAGACGAGCAGGACUCUGUGUCUGUAUGCGGCGUGGAUGCCCAAUGUCACGACAAAUGGCACCGAGUGACGUGUCAGUGCGGAUCUUUGAUCGCGCCCAAUUGUCGCGGUGCCCUGGAACCCGUCACGUUGAGUGAAGGAGGAUUUGUCGAGUUCAAGAUUUCGGAGAAACACAGAAGAAUGCAAUUAUUGGAAUAUAUCUAUAAUGGUUCAACGGCAUGGUAUAAGAACCGCGUUAAGCGCGAGGACACGAGCUCUUCAACGAAUCUUUCUCCCCCGAAGACAAUCAGUCUAAUGUUCAGAACCGUGAAGCCCGAUGGUAUCCUGAUAUACGCCGCGACGAAUAAGCAUUUUACAUCCGUGGAGCUUCGCAAUGGCCAGUUGAUUUACAUGUCUCUGCUUGGAUCACCGGUGAACAUGUCGAUCAACGUUGAGGGUGGUCUCGCAGAUGGACGUUGGCAUAAUCUGACUCUCCAUGCCUACGCCCGAGGAUUAAGACUGUUGGUCGAUGGUACCCUAACAGGCGACGAGUUGGAUUCAGCAGGGGUCCACGAUUUCCUCGAUCCCUAUUUAUCCGUCUUGUCGAUCGGUGGAGUCAGCCAGGACCUCUAUUAUGCUCACAGCGCUGGUUCGAGGAGUUUCGAAGGUUGCCUGGCCAACUUUACCAUCAACAAUGAAGUGCAGUCAUUCAACGGCUCCAGUUCAAUCUUCAAAGAUGUGCUUUAUCACGGCAAAGUGAGCACCGGAUGCAGAGGACCGACCGGCAUCGGCGCGGCCGCGGCUGCGGACCCCCUCAGUAUUGGCAUCACUCUGGUCAUCGUCUUCUUCGUCAUCCUGUUAAUCGCCAUUCUGGUGAGCUUCAUAGUGUUCCGACUGCGCCGGCAGAACAAGGAGAAGUCGGCGCCGUCGGUUGUCAACAAGAAUACCAAUGCCAUCAUGACCGGCAAUCCGCUGGUCGGCCCGGGAAACGACAAUCUCAUGUCUCGGCAUGAGAACACGUACAUCUCCGACACGUCGGAUCUGCGCGGCGUCGGUCACAUGGGUCCUGAGCUGAUCUCGAAAAAAUACAAGGAGCGCGAGAUCAACUCUACCACCGAGCACCGGCCGCAACGACCAGAUAUCAUCGAGCGGGAAGUCACCAAGUCGCCUCCUAUCCGCGACGAGCAUCCCCCGUUACCACCGCCCACCCAAACCUCUCUUCAUUCGCACGAGCAUAAUCCGGAACCCGACAUCCCGGAACAUUACGAUUUGGAGAACGCCAGUUCCAUCGCGCCCAGCGACAUCGACAUCGUAUACCAUUACAAGGGUUACCGCGACGGCAUGAGAAAGUACAAAGCCACACCACCUCCCAUAGGUAAUUAUGGCAACCAUCAUAAGCACACGGGGCAACAACAUCGCCACACCGGACCCUUCCCACCGCGAGCUAUGCCGCCGCCGAAUGUGAAUCAACCACCCGGACCGGCGCCCAAAUUGCUCCAGAGCACUCCUCUGGCGAGAUUAUCUCCCAGCAGCGAGUUAUCCGCGCAACAACCGCGGAUUCUCACGCUGCACGACAUCAGCGGGAAACCGCUGCAAAGCGCGCUGCUGGCCACCACGUCCUCAUCCGGCGGUGUCGGCAAGGACGCGUUGAAUUCCAACAGCGAGAGGAGCCUGAACUCGCCCAUCAUGAGUCAACUGUCUGGCUCAACCGCCAGCAGGAAGGCACCGCAGUCCAACAAUGAAAACUCGGUGAACAACGUGUCAUCGGGUCCGAUGGGUCUCACGGCCGAGGAGAUCGAGCGACUCAAUUCCCGUCCGAGAACGUCUAGCCUGGUCUCCACCCUGGACGCCGUAAGCUCCUCCAGCGAGGCCAGGGGUCCUCCCGCGCACGGACCUCUCCAUCACCACCGGCGUCACACGCCCCCCGUGGAGAGGCUCGAGCGACGGAACUCGUCGACCACCGACGAGAGCGGCAACGACAGUUUCACCUGUUCGGAAAUCGAGUACGACAACGGGUCACUGGUGGGCGACAAGCGGUCCGACAACCUGUUCGCCAAGCAGGACGACGAGGAUAGCAGCCCGCAGGGACGGAAUAACGUCGAGUCGUCGCAGUCAACGAAACCACCGCUGCCGCCGAACGUCGGUAACUACGACGGCUUUGACAGUUCAUUUCGCGGCUCCCUCAGCACCCUCGUUGCGUCGGACGACGAUCUGUCGACCCACAUGGGCGGCCUUCUCUACGGUGGCCACACCAGUAACGGCUCGCCUACCACCACUACCACCACCACCACCGCAGCCGCCGAGGACGCUCUCAGCUGGGACUACCUGCUCAACUGGGGACCCAACUUCGAGAGCCUCGUCGGCGUGUUCAUCGACAUCGCCGAGCUGCCGGACAGUACCAGUCGAGUGCCCAGAUUACCGGCGAAUAUCCCCAAGCCGUCUGAGGAAUACGUUUGAAACGGAUCCUCAGGUACGAGGCCGGGACAAUUUAGUGAACAAUAGUAGUUUAGUGACCGUAAGAAUUAUUUCGGGGGAAGUGUAGAGACUCCUCGCCCUCCCUCGAGGAAACGCGCGACAUCCACUUAGGAAUGUUAUCGAAUUAUUUUGCUGCGCCCGUUUAGCUUGAUUAGUCGAACGUUUGUAAAUCGAAUAGUUUAAAUAGCGACAUCCAGUAUUGCGGGCUUGGAUGACCGAACGUGGUUUUGAGUCAUGCGAGAACACGUUUGAGAAAAAUGCUGGCGAAGAGCGUUCGUGAAAAGUCGUUGCAACGUUUAGGCCCGGUCUACAAUGAGUCGUUAGUCAGAAGUCGCAACUAUAUGU